AUGGAUUCACGAGGUGGCCGAGCUAGGGGUCGAGGUAGACCUAGAGGCAGGGGUGGAGCCCGAGGUAGGGGCAAGAUUCCUCCACCUGUUGAGGAGAUAUUCGAGAAUGAGGUCGAGGCAUCAAAUGUUGAGCUGCCUGUUCCACCUGUUGUGGAGGUUGCGAAUGUUGUAGAUCCCACUCGUUUGUCGAAGUUGGCAAAGGAGAUUUCGAGGCUGGGAGGAGUUCCAUUUCAGGGAGGUACGGAUCACAUGUUGGCAGAUCAAUGGAUCGAGAACAUGAAGACCUACUUCGAGAUGGUCGUCUACGACGACGUUGAGAAGAGGAAGAUUGCCACCUUUAUGCUCCAGGGCGAUGCACGGGUGUGGUGGAAUGGCACACACAGAGUGAUGGAUGUGUCCACCAUGACCUGGAACGGUUUUGUGGAACUGUUCAGGAAGAAGUACUUUUCGCCUUCUGUGAGGGAGAAAUUGGAAAGGGAAUUUGUCUCGUUAGUCCAAGGGACUAAGAGUGUGAGGGAGUAUGAGGCUGAGUUCUCAAGGUUGUAUCGCUUUGUGAGACAGAUGGAUGCUGAGAGCCUAGCUAUGAAGUUUCAGUGGGGACUGAAUGCUUCGAUCCGGCGCGAUGUCGCUGUUAUGGAAUUGAAGACUGUGGAGCUUAUUUUCGCUAAGGCUAUGGCCAUUGAGCAGGAAAAUUUGACUUUCCAGGAACAUGAAUCGGCCGAGAGGGAUUUCCAAAGGAAGGGAAAGGCAACUGCGGGGAGCAGUAAGGCAUAUGGGAAUCAAGGUGGAUUAUGGAAGUGGCAGAGGACAAAUCAGCAGGGGCCAGCUAGGGCUGCACCUGCUAGGAUUGCUAGGGCUGCACCUGUUGGGCAGGGAGCACCCUUGAGAUGCUACAACUGCAAAGAGAUUGGCCAUACUGCUAAGGCUUGCACAAAACCGAAGAACUUGGUGUGCUUUACUUGUGGCCAAACGGGGCAUUUCUCCAGGGAUUGUACCCAGCAGCAGGAUAGGGGACAAGGGAACCAGCAGAGGCAACUGCCUCAAGGAAAUGUGAGGGUGUUUGCUGUUGGUCAGCAGAAUACCGGAGUGGAAGGUACACUAUCCUUAUUUGAUUUCCUUGCUAGGGUGUUGUUUGAUACGGGAGUGUCCCACUCCUUCAUAUCUAGUUCUGUGGUUGAUAUGUUAGGAUUGACUCCUAGGCCUCUUGCUAGACCCUUGUGUGUUACUUCUUCACUUGGUGUUUCCCUUGAGUUGUGUAUGUUUUGUGAUGCAUGCCCAAUUGUGAUUGGUGGUAGGGAGUUUACCGCGACUUUGAUUGUGUUAGCAGAUCAUACGUAUGAUGUUAUUUUGGGUGUUGAUUGGCUGAGGCCAAAUCACGCUAUGAUUGAUUGCUUUGAAAUGGUAGUGUCAUUUCAUAUGCCUGGACAGCUGGUGUUUCGUUAUCGGUGUCUUAGGUCAGAUACUGCUUUGAGGGCAGGAUUCUUAGCUCAUGUGGAAUUGGUGAGUUGUGCUGCGAUUAUGGCAGAGAUUGCUGUAGUUUCUGAGUACAGUGAUGUGUUUCAGGAGAUACCAGGGUUACCUCCAAGGAGGGUAGUGGAUUUUGCUAUCGAUGUGAUGCCAGGUAUUGCACCUGUAUCCAUGGCACCAACAGAACUUAAAGAGUUGAAGGAUCAAAUUGAUGGUUUACUUGAACAAGGGUUCAUUAGACCUAGUACUUCUCCUUGGGGUGCACCUGUGGUAUUUGCGAGGAAGAAUGAUGGUUCACUACGGUUGUGUGUGGAUUAUCGGCAGUUGAACAAGUUGAGAGUGAAGGAUGAUGAUGUUCCUAAAACAACGUUUAGGACCAGGUAUGGACACUUUGAGUUUGUUGUUAUGCCUUUUGGUCUAACCAAUGCACCUGCUGCCUUUAUGGACUUGAUGAACCAUAUGUUCAGUCCAUACUUGGAUAAGUUCGUGGUGAUUUUGAGAGAAAAGAAGUUGUUUGCGAAAUUUGAGAAGUGCGAAUUUUGGCAAAGGGAGGUCAAGUUCCUUGGUCAUGUAGUUUCAAAGGAUGGAGUCUCCGUGGAUCCUUCUAAGGUUGAGGCAGUGAUGAACUGGGGCCAACACACUACGGUUACUGAGGUACUUAGUUUUCUGGGCUUGGUAGGUUAUUAUUGGAGAUUCAUUGAAGGAUUUGCUAGUAUUGCUUCGGCUUUGACCAAGUUGACCAGGAAGGAUGUCCAGUUUGUGUGGACUGAGGAAUGUGAGCGAGCAUUCAAUGAGUUGAAGGCUAGAUUGACCACAGCCCCAGUGUUGACUAUUCCCACAAGCGGUGGUGGUUUAGUCAUCUAUAGUGAUGCGUCUCAUCAGGGUUUGGGGUGUGUGUUGAUGCAGCAUGGCAGUGUUGUCGAUUAUGGCUCUAGACAGUUGAAGGUGCAUGAGCGUAAUUAUCCCACUCAUGAUUUGGAGUUGGCUGCAGUUGUUUUUGCCUUGAAGAUUUGGAGGCAUUACUUGUAUGGAGAAAAAUUCGAACUCUUUUCGGAUCAUAAGAGUUUGAAGUAUCUGUUCUCUCACAAGGAGUUGAACAUGAGACAAAGAAGGUGGAUGGAGCUCAUUAAGGACUAUGAUUUCACCUUGGAGUAUCAUCCAGGGAAGGCCAAUGUAGUGGCGGAUGCUUUGAGUAGAAAGCCCAGAGGUAUUGUUGCUUCUGUUAUGGUUCAAGAGUGGCUGAUGUUGGAGACUGCAUCUGAGUUUGACCUUGUACAAGCAGGAGUUGGGAAUGGGAGUUUCCUUGGAAGUAUCACGGUACAACCUACCCUGAUUUCCAGGAUCAUUCAAGGUCAAUCAGAGGAUGAGUUCUCACGUGCGAAGUUGGUAGAGUUAGCUGCGGAUUCGUCCAUUGGCGUUCCAUCGGAGUGGUCGGUGGGAACGGAUGGUGGUUUGCGGAUGAACCAUAGGUUGUAUGUUCCGGAUCGUGUUGACCUCAAGGGAGAGAUUCUUCGUGAGGGACAUCGAUCGCGGUAUACUGUGCACCUUGGGAGCACUAAGAUGUAUCGGGAUUUGUGA